GUUUUUAUUGAUAUUGUAUUUAUAGAUCUGUGUUUUUACACAAACUAAAAAAUAGGUUCCUAAAUGGUGAAAUUUCUAGUAAAGUUGUGAAAUUAACAAUUUUUGUAUUACCUUUUAUUUUUUUGUUAUUAUGAUAGUGAAUAAAAGCCAGUCGGGCAUAAUAGUUUGCAAUUUAAAAGGGCGGAUGCUUAUAGUAUAUGGUUUACUCCUCACUUUGACUGGAAACAAGAAAAUGAAAUCUUUGACAUUGGUCUGCUCAGGCCUAGGCCUACUUGCGAUCGUUCUAAUAUGGCAGGCUGAAGCCGCUGCAUCUGUUUCGCCGUUAUGCCCUAUUACUGAUAAUCCAUGUGUGAAUGGGGCAAACUGUAUUGGUGAGGGCGGUAGUGGAUCAUACACAUGCAAGUGUCCGUAUGGUUGUACUGGGAAGAAUUGUGCAGUUUCUAGUGGACAAAACUGCGGUAGUAACUACUUCGAUGCACCAGAUUAUUUUACUUCACCAAACUUCCCCAGUGAAUACGAUUGUGAACUAAAUUGUCUCUAUCUGAUACGUAUCUAUCGUGCCCACUCAAUAACGUUCACAGUUCAUUACUUUGAUAUUGAAUUUAUGACAGAUGUUUUGUACUAUGGACCUGGCUGUUCAGUAGAUUAUGACUCACCAGACUUGAAGCAAAUUAGAAACGAUAGUAACACUCAUGUCCCAUUCACAUUUUCCGUUCAAGGGAGUGACGUGUGGUUCGUCUUUGUGACUGGAAAUAUCAGACAUAUUGGUUUUAAUAUUUCGUUUGUUGCAGACACCAGUGAGUGUUUUAUAAGCAAUCCUUGUCAGAAUGGUGGAACAUGUACUGAAUGUGUGAAUGGAUACACUUGUCAAUGUCCACCUGGGUGGACGGGACGCAAUUGUACAGAUAAUGUUAAUAAAUGUACAAGCCACCCAUGUCGUAAUAUGGGAGUGUGCAAUAAUCAGGUUAACGGGUAUUUUUGUGUGUGUAUGGCAGGCUAUGUCGGCGUUCAUUGCGAAGCCAACGUAAAUGAGUGCGUAAGCAUGCCCUGCAAGAAUGGUGGGACAUGUCGUGAUGAUGUGAAUGGAUACACUUGUCAAUGUCCACCUGGCUGCAGAGGUCCUGAUUGUGAAGACAAUAAUAAUGAAUGUGAUAGCACUCCCUGUCAAAAUCAGGGUGUGUGCUUUGAUCUGGUUAAUGGUUAUUCUUGUAAAUGUCCUGCUGGCUACGAAGGGGUUAACUGUGAAAUAUGUACUGAUAUUAAUGAUUGCGACCCUAACCCGUGUCUGAAUAAUGGUUUCUGCUGGGAUGGGAUUAACAGUUACUCCUGUUUUUGUCAACCUGGAUUUCAAGGAAACAACUGUGAAAUCACUGUCAAUGAAUGUUUAAGUGAACCGUGUAAGAAUGGUGGGAUAUGUACUGAUGGUGUAAAUAAAUACACUUGUGAAUGUGCACCUGGUUGGACAGGACCUUUGUGUUCUCAUAACCCAGAUGACUGUGAUCCUAACCAGUGUUUAAAUGGAGCCACAUGCAUUGACCUGGUGAAUGACUUUCGCUGCGCCUGUCCAGCAGGAUUUGAUGGAACCCUUUGUGAAAUAGACAUAAAUGAGUGCUUAAGUAGACCUUGUCUGAAUGGUGGGACGUGCCUUGAUGGUGUGAAUGGAUACACUUGUCAAUGUCCACCUGGCUGCAGUGGUCCUGAUUGUGGAGAACACAUAAAUGAAUGUGUAAGCGGACCUUGUCAGAAUGGCGGGAUAUGUACUGAUGGUGUGAAUGGAUACACUUGCCAAUGUGUACCUGGUUGGGCAGGACCUAAUUGCGCAGACAACCCAGAUGAUUGUAAUCCUAACCAGUGUGUAAAUGGAGCUGUGUGCAUUGACCUGGUGAAUGACUUCUGCUGUAUCUGUCCAGCAGGAUUUGAAGGAACACUUUGUGAAAUAAACACAUACGAAUGUGUAAGCGAACCUUGUCAGCAUGGCGGGAUUUGUACUGAUGUUGUGAAUGGAUACACUUGUCAGUGUCCACCUGGAUGGACGGGACCUGAUUGUGCAGACAAUAUCAAUGAUUGUGACCCUAACCCAUGUCAGAAUAAUGGUCUCUGUUUGGAUGGGAUUAACUGUUACUUUUGCAUUUGUCCACCUGGAUUUGAAGGAAACAACUGUGACAUCAACACCAAUGAGUGCGUAACUGAACCUUGUCAGAAUGGCGGGACGUGUACUGAUGUUGUAAAUGGAUACACUUGUCAAUGUGUACCUGGAUGGACAGGACCUGAUUGUGCAGAUAACAUAAAUGAGUGCUUAAGUCAACCGUGUCAGAAGGGUGGGACGUGUAUUGAUGGUGUGAAUGGAUACACUUGUCAAUGUCCACCUAGCUGCAGAGGACCUAACUGUGAAGAACAAUGCGGUGGUGACUACACAGGUCCAUCAGGUGAGAUUUCAACACCACAGGCAACCUACAGUCAUAAUGAAAAUUGUACUUGGUUAAUCACAGUCAGUGAAAACAAAGUUGUGAAACUGGUCUUUUCAGUGUUUGAUAUCGAAUCACACUCACUUUGUGCAUAUGACUCGCUUACCAUUUACGACGGGCACUUGUUCAACGCUAAGGUACUUGCCGGACCUCUGUGUGGACAACAAAUUCCCUCUCCUGUUGUGAGCACAACUAACAAGAUGCGUCUUCACUUCUUGUCAGAUUUUAUGGUGGCAUAUGCAGGAUUUAAAGCUAAUUAUUACGAAAUUGACGAUCCAGAUGACUGUGAUCCUAACCCGUGUUUGAAUGGAGCUGUGUGCAUUGACCUGGUGAAUGACUUUAGCUGUACUUGUCCAGCAGGAUUUGAAGGAACACUUUGCGAAACAAACAUAAAUGAGUGCUUUAGCAAUCCCUGUCAGAAUGAUGGGACGUGUAUUGAUGCUGUGAAUGGAUACACUUGUCAAUGUCCACCUAGCUGCGGAGGACCUAACUGUGAAGAACACAUCAAUGAGUGCUUAAGCAAUCCUUGCCAGAAUGGUGGGAUGUGUAUUGAUGGCGUGAAUGGAUACACUUGUCAAUGUCCACCCGGCUGCACAGGAGCUAAUUGUGAAGAAAGUAUCAAUGAAUGUGAAAGCUCCCCGUGCGAAAAUGGGGGAUUGUGCAAUGAUCUUUUUAACGGCUAUUCUUGCGAUUGUCGUCCUGGAUAUGAAGGCACAAACUGUGAAAUAUGUACCUACAUAAAUGAGUGCUUAACAGAACCCUGUCAGCAUGGUGGGACGUGUACUAAUGUUGAGAACGGAUACACUUGUGAUUGUGCACCUGGAUGGGCAGGAACAGAUUGUGAAGAGAAUUCAGGAACGUGCUAUAGUUUUGUGUUUGUUCAUUUGUGUGUUUGUGCUGCUGGAUAUAGAGGCCUUUACUGUGAAAUUGAUAUCAAUGAAUGUGCUAGCAACCCAUGUGUAAAUGGUGUGUGUAACAACAACCGGAAUUCCUUUAGCUGCAUGUGUGACAGCGGAUGGCAGGGUAGUCAUUGUGAUGUUGAUAACGAGGCCCCGAUAAUAACGUUUUGUCCACCAGAUGUAGAGAUUUUUAAAGGAUCACCAACCAGUGCUGUUGCUUGGCUCCCUCCUGCUGCUACAGAUAACUCACGUGUACCCCCAUAUUUUACAACAAAUAUUCAACAAGUGGAUUUCUUAGUGAUUGGAAAUCAUGUGGUGUCAGUAACUGCAACAGAUGGUUCAGGGAACACCAACACCUCAUGUACCUUUAACAUUAAGGUUAUCGGUAUUGAAUAAUUUUAGGGAAAUAAAGCAUUUUGUAUAUUUUUCUGUUUUUGAAAGCAAGUUGAGCAAUUUUUUAAAUAUGUUCCUGUCUUAUUUUUUUAAAACUAGUUCACCUAUAUUGUUUCAUUGGUUCAUGUAUAAAACAAAAAUUUUAAACUGUUUAUGAUAGAUUGACAAACAACACAUCAUACCCUGAGAUAAAUAUUUCAUAUACACCUUGAUAAAAUUGUAUUCUAAUAUGAAGACAUAAUAGUAAAAUAUGGCAUUAUAAAAGAACCGCGUCAUCGGUACAUUUUGUGUUUUAAUUUUAUGUAUAUUUGAAACUGUUAACUAAAUUUAAGUUCUGUAUAAGUAGCUUUCUUUUAAUAGGAAAUAUAUUAUAGGCUACAGGAAAUAUAUUUUAGGGUACAUAGUCUAUUUUGUCUUUUGUAAAUCCUCCCUUCUAGAUAUUGAAUAAUGAAUAAGUUUUUUGCAUAUCAAAUAUAGGAGCAAGAAUGUGCAUAGAAUGAACUGUUAAGUUAAUUUGCAUAUGGAAAGUGAUUGGUUGAUAACUGUUCAAAUUGCAUAUAAAAUCUACACAAUCUGAUUAGGCAAUUUACUAUACUGUACUAUUUCAUGACGUGUACCCUAACAAAUUAUUAUUUUUGACUUGCUACAUUGAGUAGAUGAUUUCAUCAUUAGUAUAAUUAAUAUAACUUUGAAUGAUUUUGUAUGCAAUUUGAGAUUAUUAGAUUAUUAAUUAAUGAUUUCAUUAAUUUAGUGCUCCCGAGUUCUCGGGUUUCGAUUGGGUUUAUUGCGGGUAUACAUAUACAGUAAUCAUUAACGAAAAUGAGGACACUCAAUGCAUUACUGUACGUAGUGUGCAGUACAAACUGUACACACACAUUCUUGUUUUGUAUGUUAUAUUGUUAUUAUGUAGGCCUAUUGUAAUUUGUUUUUGUUUGUGUGUUUGUGUUGUGCAUUUGUAAAUACAGAGUUUGUAGUACAGGGGCUUAUGUAGUAAAAGAGGCUCCAGUUCGCAAUUCAAGUUAAUUUAUGGCAACAAUAUUUUUCUGACACAUAAUUUUAUACUGAACAAGAAGGUUAACUGGCCGCCAUCUUGGAAAACAAGAUGGCGGAAGCAUCUGGUCAAACAUGGUAUUAUGUGGUAUCAUUGGAAAAGAAAUCAUGCACUUUAUAUUUUUUCCCAUUACAAUAAUAUGAAGAAAUGCAUAGAAACUGAGAUAUUCGCCAUUAAACACGUCAUUUAUU